AUGUCUCCAGAACCAUCCUCAGCACCCUCGAAUGCUCGCAAACGCAAGGCCCCUCCUGAGGGAGCCGCGUCCAGUGCCACAAAUGGCCCUGUCCCAGGUUCACCUUCGGUCCCCAAGGGUGAAUACGAGACAGGUCGUGUCAUCUGCGAAGUAUGUGGAGAAGGCGUCUCCUUCAGAGACGAAGCGAGCGGCGGAUUCACCCUGAAACACUGGGAUGCCCAUCGCCAACAAUGUGCAAACACCACUCAGACCGUCCCAGAACCCGUCAUUUAUACUCCGGAGAGCACAGCAGAGGCUCUAGCAAAUCCGCCCCCCAAACGGCGUCGUGCAAAGCGCACUGAGGAGGAGAGGAUCGAUUAUCUUCGUGCCGAUCCAUAUGUCGCACAGUUUGAGGCAUACCGCGUAUUGUGCGCUUCAUGCGAUAAGUGGAUUCGUUUGCGCCCUAACUCCACAUACUGUUCCAUUCCUUGGGAUGCGCACCGCAAGAGUUGCUUAUCAAAGAAAAUGACUACCAAGAAUGCUUAUGCGCUCGACGAGCGCAAUGCAUUGCUUUCCAAAGACCCUGAUGUCAGGAAGUUCGAUGCGGAACGUAUUUUGUGUAACAGAUGCGACCGCUGGGUGGCCGUGAGUCCGGAAAACCAUAUGCAAGCAGUGCAAAAAUGGCUGCAUCACCGAUCAACCUGUCAGAAGUCAGCAGGGCCGUCAGCACUGACUCCUAGCCUACCCGAAGCAUCCUCAUCUAGCUUUAGGUCAGUUCGGAGUCUUAAAUUAUGCUGGAUCAUGGGCGCUGACAACGCCGACCAUACCGGCAGAGCAGCUAAUCCAGAGCACAUUAGUGUUCCCCCUCUCACGGGACAAAGGGAGUUAUCCGUUUUCCAAUCGAGAGACAUAAGAGAGAGACCACCUAGCCCCGUGGCUUCUUCGUUAACGACCAAGCCGAGCAACAUACCUCCAAGCUCUCCAGAAUCGUCAUUCAAAGAUUUUACACCAACGAAUUUCCCUCCCGUGCACGAAUCUCGCAGGCGCAACGCAGAACAACGAGCGGCAACACUCCGGGCAGAUCCACUUAUCGAGCAGGUUGAGCCUAACAGAGUAUUCUGUUCUUUAUGCAAGAAAUGGGUUCAACUCCGACAAGACAGUUCCUAUUGUGCCUACCCUUGGGUACAACACCGGAAUAAAUGUCAGGCUAGACACGCGAGACGUGUCCAAAAGGCCGCCAAACUCGCAGAAUCGAGGGAUGGAAACGAUGAUCCACAGGAUGACGAGAUCGAGUCUGAUGGCUCCGCCGAAGAUGAGCUUGAGUCUGAUAGAGCGCUUGAUGGCCUGCCCGAGAGUAACAAAACAAGUCCAAGUCAUGUGGACGAGAAGCGCAAGUCAAAAGCUCCGACGUGGAUCGCGGGUAGUUGUGCAGGGUCAAGCAAUGCCAGCGAACGGACCAAAAUCCACCCAACACGUUCCGCUCGUCCGAAAGGUAAUGCAGAGUCGGCGCACGUGACGCUCGAGGGUGUUCACUCGAGUCGUUUACCACGGCGACUGACACUUGGUUUCGCGGAUUUGGACUCACUCCCAGGCCGUCUCAAUUUUGUCUAUUCUUCCAUCGCAUUUCUCUUUGCGACCACCUAUGAGCCAACAGACGAAAUGACAAUUUCGGCCCUCCUCGCGUAUCUGAAUGCAGCGAUGCCGCCCGAUAAACAUGAAGACUUUGACACUGCCGAGGUCGCCAAGGCCGUUGCCGCAUUACAUGACCGAGGAGAUAUUAUCUUCGAAGGCGAUAUGCUUCGUCUUCCUGAAUGAGUAAUACGGACGUACGUGCGACGGGGAAGAGGACAGAGCUUAGAGAGCUUGCUCCCUUUCCUUAUUCUUCAGAUCAUGCAUUAUUAUUUGGUAUCCAUCACGUUUGAUUGUUAUGCAUUGGACUUGCAGAUUCAUAAUUGUUUAUUUAUUUCGCAUGUCCCGUACGCUGUCUUCUUGGUUCAUCGACUAGGACACUCCCGCCUGCUCACGUUACGCUCAUGUCAUUCGUAAGCCUUGCCUUUACCGGUGCCGGUGUCGCCGAAUCACGCCAUAUAUUUACUUUGACUGGGACUUCUGGUUUGGCAUGUCGAUGUCAGUCCGCGUCCCUUGCAUGAUUCAUAGC